CUCUGGUGCAGUGUUCUCCUGGCGUUUAGGUUUCCAGCAACCGAAACUUCUAGCAGAAUAAAUGUUAUGGACUUUGCUGAAAUCGUGAUCGGAAUAAAUUUGAAUCGAUUUUAGCACAAGUGUUGCGGCUUAAGUGAGUGAUUUUCCAACACCGGACGGUUCGUCUGAAGUGCACCAUGACGAUGGACAUUCGGCAGUCUCGAUUGAAUGUGAAAAUUAACGGACAUUGUGCCAGUGCUUGUGACAGUAACGUGAGUGGCAUGGAAAUGGCCCACACAAAGUUGGAUAAUUUCCGGACGGGAAAAAACUCCGCCAAACGGUCCUUCGAUGUGGCAUUCCUAAUGAUGCCGGACGAAAAGUUGAAAACGAAACAGGUGAAAAAAGUUCACUCUCCUACGAUUGAUGUGGAAAGUGAUUCAACGCAGUCGACGCGAUCCGAAGAUUUGUCAGUGAAUGGGUUUAGCCCGAUCAGACCGGCAGAGGAAAGAAACUUCAAUUUGGAGUUACUCAGCAGACCAAGACCACAGGAAGGAAGCCCUCCGUCGAUUCCGGAACUGAGUAACGAACGGCUUUCAUAUAUGCUACCGAAUGCAAGAUUCUACGAGAAUCCCAGUUUAAUGGCGAUCCGUGAAAAGGCUGCAGGAAAUUUUCUUGGCUCAGAGCUGCCUCGUAGUGCAUUCUCGAAAGUGACAAGCAUCACCAUCUCCGACUCUCCGAUUCCACCUUUGAGUCCUGACCAGCAAAGCUGCCCAUCGACUAGUCCUCCAAUUUCCAUAAGCCCUGGUGCUCCCAACAACUUCCGUUACGACUAUUCGUUCAUCAGCGGGAGUCCUCAGCAUCCAGCCGAUCUCAGUCCUCCUCAACCGUCCAAACUGAAACCGAUGAUGUACCGAUCCGCGAUGCCAGAAUCCGAACUACCCCAAGGGUACUUCCCAUCGCCACCGUUUAUGCCAUUCGCUGGCGCCGGUGGACCACCGAAUCUACUACCGGAGGUGGAUGGCAUUAUUCGGAAUCCUGCAGCGGCGGCCAUUCUGUCUACGUUACUGCCGACGGCCAUGGGGGCAUUUUCGCUUUCCGCACAGAAUACCUGUGCCAAGUGUAACAUCAGCUUCCGGAUGACCAGCGAUCUGGUUUACCACAUGCGAUCCCAUCACAAGAACGAACAUCAGCAGGAUCCGCACCGACGGAAACGCGAAGAGAAGCUCAAGUGCCCGGUGUGCAAUGAAAGCUUCCGCGAACGGCACCAUCUGACGCGACACAUGACCGCCCACCAGGACAAGGCCGGAGAUUUGCUGGAUCCGAAGAAACGAACCAUGGAACAGCGGGGACAUCCAGCCGGAAGGUCGUAAAGAUUGUUUUUUUUUUGUUAGUGUGAUAGGAGGUAAGCAAAUCGCUACGGGAAUGCCCGAGACGAAAAUGGUGGGAUAAAUCUGAUGCGUUGGUGCGCUGGUUAUAUUUUGAAUUUCAAUAGUUUCGGUUUACGAAUUGAUGUAGUUGGUAGUAAAGAGCAAAAUUGAUUAAACUAAUGUCAAGAUUAACGUCUUUCAAACAUUACUUCGUUAUUGUUGUUGUUCUUGUGUUGAAGUUCGCUAGAAUCUCAGAUUUCUUCAAAGA